CCACACAAAAGCAAAUAACAAAACCCUUGCAGAGUAAACCUAGAGGGAGAGAAAGAACAAAGAGGCUAAGAACAAAGAUGACCCAGAAAGCAAAUCUAUUCAAAGGUCAACAGAAGAAGAAAUCUGUUCCUCCCAACCGCCAUGGCAAACCUUCUGUCACCCGCAAAGGGAAGAGAUUUGUGAAGCCAGCCAAAGUUACCAAGGAGAUGGAUGUUGAUCGUGAGCUGAGCAAGUUCAUUAAUUAUUGCAAUGAAGUGAAAGCAGCCACUGCUGCUAACAGGGAAGGUGGCCAACUAAGUAUUGUCAAACCACCACAAGAGUCGACCAGUGGUGAGAAGAAAUAGAUGAUGAUGAGAGCACAGAAAGUAUGGAUGUAAAAACUAAGGAGUAAUAGAUUUUGGAAAUAGUCAUUUUUCGUGUCGCCGUUGAUGUUUUGUGUGUUACGAGAGGAAAUGAGGUUAACUGCUUAUGUUGCAAAUUCAUCUUAUCUUUUUCUUGUUCCUUUGUUUCAUUUUGCAGGUUGAUAACAUGUUCUUAGCUUGUUGAAUUUCAUUGACUACUUCAUUAGUUUUACAGUUUUUGGUGCCAAUGAAUAUUUAACGUAAUUGAAUUUAUGAGGAAAUCUAAACAGCUUACAUGAUUGAUCA